AUGAUAAAAGGUAAAGAUAUUUACGAAGUGUUAGCAACACUUGUGCCCCUCUAUGUGGCUUUCACCUUGGCCUAUGGCUCAGUACGUUGGUGGAAGAUCUUUACUCCAGAACAGUGCUCUGGCAUAAACCGCUUUGUAGCAGUGUUUGCAGUUCCCUUUCUUUCCUUUCAUUACAUAUCAUCCAAUAACCUUUACACUAUGAACUUCAGGUUCGUAGCCGCGGAUACUCUUCAAAAAGUUGGGAUUUUGGUGGGUCUUUUUCUAUGGAACACUUUCACAAAGUGGGGUAGCAUUGAUUGGACCAUCACAUUCUUCUCACUUUCCACUUUGCCAAACACACUCAUCAUGGGGAUCCCUCUUUUGAAGGCCAUGUAUGGAGACUUCACAGCAAGCCUCAUGGUCCAAAUUGUGGUUUUGCAAAGUGGUGUCUGGUCCACUUUUUUGUUGUUCAUGUUUGAAUAUAGAGCUGCUAAGAAACUCAUUUUAGAACAAUUCCCUGAGAGUGCAGGGGCCAUAACUUCCCUAAGGGUUGAUUCAAAUGUUAGUUCUCUCAAUGGUAAGGAACCAUUGCAAGCUGAUGCAGAGAUUGUUGAAAAUGGGAAUCUUCAUGUGGUGGUGAGGAAUUUGUCACGUUCUAUGUCCAUGUUUUCUUCAUUUAACAAGUCCCAUUCAAUUUCAACACCAAGAGCAUCAAAUCUAACUGGGGUUGAGAUUUAUUCGGCUCAGUCAUGUAGAGAACCAACGCUAAGAGCAUCAAGUUUUAGUGGCACAAAUUUCAAUACAACUAGUCUCAAAAGUGUUGGUUUUGAAGAAGAGAAGUUGAAGAUGGAUAGGAACAAAUUUUGGAGGAGCAAGAGUUGUAGUAACGAGGUUUAUAAGGGGGGUUUGGUUUCUCACCCAUCUUUAAAGCCAAUGUUUCCUGGGUCAUACAGUGUUGGGCAAAGUAGUGAAGAUAUGAGGGGUGGUGCAACUAACAAGGAAUUGCACAUGUUUGCGUGGAGCUUAAUUAAUGCAUCACCAAAUUCCGAUGUUCAACAUGCAGCGAAUGGAGUUUCUUCUGCUAACUUUGGUACCAUUGAACCUUCCAAGGCUGUUGAUGCUCCCCAAGAACCUGAUUCCUCCAAAGCUGUGAAUGAAUUGAUUGACAGGAAUCCUAGUCCUAAUGGAAAUAGAGAAAGGAAGCUUGAGAUUGAGGAAAGAAUGUUGGGGAGCCCGAAGGAAAUGAACAUUGAAGAAAGCAACGAAAACAAAAAGCAACAAAUGCCAAGUGCUAUUGUCAUGACAAGGCUCAUUCUCAUCAUGGUUUGGAGAAAUAUCAUUAGAAAUCCCAAUACAUACGCAAACGUUUUGGGUCUCGCUUGGUCUCUCAUGUCAUUCAAGUUGAACAUCAAAUUGCCGUCUAUUGUACAAGGUUCCAUUUCAAUAUUGUCUAAUACCGGGUUAGGAAUGGCCAUGUUCAGCCUAGGACUAUUCAUGGCUUUACAACCUAAAAUCAUUACUUGUGGAAAAACUCGGGCUGCAAUAUCAAUGGCAAUUAGGUUCUUGAUUGGUCCAGGAGUGAUGGCUGCAACCUCCAAACUCAUGAGUAUCCGUGGAGCUCUUUUACAAGUUGCAAUUGUUCAGGCUGCUCUUCCUGAGGGUGUGGUUCCCUUUGUAUUCGCCAAGGAGUAUAAUCUCCACGCAGACAUACUCAGCACUGCGGUUAUCUUUGGAAUGAUUAUUGCAUUGCCCGUAACAAUAAUCUACUACGUGCUUCUUGGACUCUGA